UAAAAAAUUUCCCCGAGCGACAGUAUAAUCCGGGGAAAAAAAUAAUUGAACGAUAUGAAGUUGGCGAUGACAUUCUCAAAAAGUGCGGUAUGCGCAGGGUUCAAUAACCCCGAUUUUUCGACCGUCGAGUUGCAAACUCGCGGCCUCGCUGCAGCCGCGAGGAGCUUCGAAAAAAUGCUCUCUUGAGGCUGUUUUUUAAUAGGCUCUGCGCAAUCGUCUUUUUGUGUGAAAAAAGGAUGGAAGAGCAAGUUCGCAGCGAUUCAAAAGAAAGUUCGUCAGCGCAAUCCAGUGCAGCAGCAACAGCAACAGCAGGUGGAGUAGCAGCGUCAGGGGAUAAAGGAGACAAGGAAAACAAUAGCGCGAGCAACGUCGAGGCACUGAUCUGCUGGUUGUACGUGUCGCGCACCGCCUCGGUCGGUCGGGAUGGCCAGAUCGUCGUCGAGGCCCAGCUGCCCCGGCGCAACCUCGAGGAGGCCAUAAGAGCCACCGAGCCCUCGGCCCGAUGGAACGUUUCGGAGACGCACUGCGGCCUGAUCGCCGGCUUCGCCCGUGAGUCCGACGCCGACAAGCUGCUGCAGCGCGAGGAUUUCGGGCGCAUUUUCCAGACGCCCGUUCAGGUCGCGCGCUUCUGCGACCGAGACUCUCGCCAUCGUCAGGCGGUGCUGCUGCGCGACGUGCCGGCGGCCAUACCACUCCAGGACAUCGACUCUGCCCUGGCCAGGCAGGGAAUCGCCAGCGGGGCCAUCGAACGUCUCAAGCACUACGUCAGAGUCGAGGUGCUGGAAGCGAGUCAUUACGAGCAGCUACUGCGUCACGGAUUGGAUUUUUUCGGCGCCACGCGUUUUUGCGCCAUCCCCGAACGUUGGCGGGGAAGCAGCGGUGGUGGCAACGGCGGAAGUGGCAAUGUCAAUAACAACAAUUCCACAAUGGCUUCGGCUCUGGGCAACAAUUACGCCUUCGAAGGAGCUGCCAUGCAGCAGCAACAGCAGCAGCUCGCCCAACAACAUCAGCAGCAGCAACAGCAGAACCUCGAGAACGUCUUGCAGUGCUACCGAUGCCAGGGCUUCUGGCACGUCGCCGCGAAUUGCCGUCAUCUGCCGCGCUGCGUGCGCUGCGGCGAGCCGCACAACGUCGAGUUUUGCACCCGGCCGAGAAACAACCCCGUGUGCUGUCACUGCUCGGGACCUCAUCACGCGGGGAACGAAAUGGGAAAGCAGGUGGAAAGUGGCCGUGGCUUUUUGCUUACGUCGUUGUCGUCGUCGUGCGAAGGCAAAAGAAAAAGGUCGAGCGUCGACACCGCUGCUGCUGCCGUCACUACCAGAAUCGCUUAGAGCCUAAUGUAAAAAAAAGUUGUCCAGCGCCAUAAAUAGCAAAAGGAGUUGGCAGCAACGGCUCGUCCGAAUCUAUACCGAGAGCUGAGACGAUCGCGAGAUGCGACAACGAUCGUUAGUUU